CUCGAGUGGUAGAACCAGCAUUGCAGCAGGUUGAGCAGGUCGAGCGCAUGAGCCAGCGAUUCCCGAUGCCCCGGUGGGCUGGCGCCCCGACACAUGCCAACGUCAAGGGCCACAUUGAGGUCGUCAAGGAUGGCGCCGUGCUGGACAAGGUCGCCAUCGGCCAGCAAGCCUGCACCGUCUUUGGCCGCAAUAGCGACGUCUGCGAUGUUGAGCUCGCGCACGAGACGAUCUCGCGGCAGCAUGCUGCUAUCGUGCACACAAAGACGGGCUCGAUCGAGAUCAUGGACCUCGGCUCUGCCCAAGGCACGACCGUGGACGGCGAGCCUCUCCAUGGGGACGAGCGGCGGGUCUUGACCAACGGCAGCGAAGUCCGCUUUGGUAAAAGCUCGCGCGUGUACAUUGUACGCGGUCUGCACGCCAAGGACGAAGCCCCGGUGCCGUUGCCGGUGGUGGCCGACGAGAUCGCGUCGCUGCCGACAGGAUUUGCCAAGCAAGGGACGACAAAGCAGCUCAGCCAGAAGGAGCUCGAGCGCAAGCAGCGCGAGGAAGAGAUCCUCAAGAUGACGAUGGAUAUGAUGGCGUCGGCGCCGCAAUUCACGAGCGUCGCCGUCGACGAGCCCGCACCAACCGAGGAGGUGGACGAAACCAACAGCGAUGACGAGGACGAUCACGCCGACGACAACGAGGGCGAGCAUAGCGACAAGAAGAAGCCGGCAUCGUCGUCGCUCUACGACUCGGGCCCCGAGUCCGACUCGGACGACGACGACAACGAGGGCCAGGACGACGUCGCGCAGCGCUACAACAUCCCAAUCACCAAUGAGGUCGUGCUCUCGGCGCACGCCAAGACCGUCUCGUGCAUCGCUGUCGACGCCUCCGGUGGCCGCGUCGCGACAGGCUCGAUGGACUACCACAUGAAGCUCUGGGACUUUGCCGGCAUGGCGCGCCACGUCCGGCCCUUCCGCGACUCGGAGGUCGAAGAUGGCCACCCGCUCAUGGCGCUGAGUUACAGCCCGACCGGCGAUCGCGUCCUCGCGGUCACGGGCUCGGCGCAGCCCAAGGUGUUUUCGCGCGAAGGCGUCUUUGAGCUUCAGUUUACAAAAGGCGACCCGUACCUGUUGGACAUGGUGCACACGAAGGGCCACACGGCGUCGUGCUCGGGCGGCAGCUGGCACCCGCUGCUCAAGGACACGAUGAUCACGUCCGGUCUCGACGGCGCCGUGCGCGUCUGGAAGCUCAACGGCAAAACGUCGUUCGACAAGCUCCUCAACGACGCGGUGCUUAAACUCAAGUCGCGCCAAGGCAAGCGCACCGAAGUCACUGCCUGCGCCUACAGCAUCGACGGCGGCUUGAUUGCGGGUGCGACGACCGACGCGCUGGUGUACGCCUACGACUUGCGCCGGUCGCACGCCGGCGCGGCGUGGAAGCUCGACGCGCACAAGCCGGGCAGCCCCGACCUUGGGAUUUCGAGCAUCCGUUUCUCGCCGGAUGGCAAGAUGCUCGCGACGCGGUCCGCAAGCGACGACUGCGUCAAGCUCUGGGACAUGCGCAAGCCGUCGACACCGGUCAAGACGUACCAAGGGAUUGAGACUGUGUUCUCAAUGGCGAACCUCGCCUUCAACGGCGUUGGGUCGGCGCUCGUCGUCGGCUCCGGCGUCCGUGCCGGGUCGGGCGACCGCGGCCAAGUGCACUUCCUCGACGUCUACACGGCGACCACGACGCCCUUGCGGUCGGUUCCGAUGGCCGAGGACGAGAGCGCGGUCAGCGUCGCGUGGCAUGCCGGCAUCAACCAAGUGUUUGUGGGCGGCACCUCGAGCAACGUGCGUGUGCUGUACGACCCGGCGUUGAGCGCCAAGGGCGUCCUCUUGAGCGCGACCAAGAAGCUGCCGGUCGUCACUGCGGGCUUUGUGCGUCUCGACUCGCUCAGUGAAGGCCGCGUCGUCAACCCGCACGCGCUGCCCAUGUACCGCGAGACGUCGACGACGGUCACGAAGCGCAAGUACGCCAAGGUGCGCAUGGACCCGAUCGCGUCGCAGAUUCCCGAGCGGCCGCUCACGGGCGUUGGCGUCGCCGGGCGGACGGGCGGCAACACAUUCACGCAGUUCUUCAUGCGCGACCACGUCAAGUCGGCGUCCAUUCGCAGCGAAGACCCGCGCGAAGCGAUCCUCAAGUAUGCCAAGGCGGCGGCCGAGAACCCGACGUUCCUUGGCUCGGCGUACGCCGACUCGCAGCCGCAGGACAAGCUCGACGCGCGCUACCAGCUCAUGACGCAGACGCUCGAGGAAGAGAAGAUUGCGAAAGAAGACGAGGCGCGCCGGCUCCUCGACAUAUAAGAACGAUAAGACGAGGAGAAGAGGGUUGAAAACCUAACUUACAAAUAUACAAAUCUAUGCAGCCGUCGACGGUGCGAGAGACAUGGGCU